AUGGCGCCCUCAGCGCUGCAGGCGCGGCUUGCGGAAGACGAGAAUGCGUUUAGUGGGCUAUUGAGUUUGAUACCGACGCGGAUGCACUACGCCGACGACGAUGAACCUCAGGCCAAGAAGGCUGCCAGGGCUGCCCAAGCCGAGCUCGACCCGGAAGCGGCCAUCAAUGGCGAACACCUAACGAGUACUACCGAAAAGGAAGGAAACAAGCGCAAGCUCGAGGAGGGAGUCAAAGGCGAUUCCGCUUCCACCGUGGCAGAAGAUGCCGUGAUGGAGCCUACCCCCGCCCCCACGAAAGGUGACCAAGCACCCGAAGCCGUGCAAGCCGACGUCGAGUCGUCGACCUCUUCUGAACCCCAAUCUCCCACCUUUGACGCUCCCGAUGCCCUCAUCCAGGCCCCAUCUCAAACCGAAGCCGCCAGCACCACCACAUCCGUCUCCUCUGCCGUACCGCCCUCCGACAAACCUAAACAUAUCAAAAUCCCCGAAGAUACCUCGGUAUUCCGCGAACGCUUCGCCGAGCGCCUUGCGGCUCUGCGAGCGGCGCGAAAGGCCGAUGGCCCGGACGGAAAGCCCGUUCGCACCCGCCAAGAAUUGCUGGAACAGCGACGACAAAAGCAAGCGCAACGUAAAGAGCACAAGAAGGAGAUGCGACGCGUCACCAAGCUCGAGGAAGAUCGGAAGCGAGAGGAGGCCCUCAAAGCCAACUCCCUUCGCUACGUCUUGAACCGCGAACACAAGAAGGGUCCCUCGGAUCCCAAGACGGCCCUGCUCAAGGUACAAAACGAGAAGAAGCGCCUGGCCGCGCUCGACCCGGAAAAGCGCAAGGAAAUCGAGGAAAAGGAGACGUGGUUAACGGCCCGCCGCCGAGCCGAGGGCGAAAAGAUUCGCGACGACGAAACCCUCCUCAAAAAGGCCGUGAAGCGCCAGGACCGCACCAAGCGCAAGAGCGAAAAGGAAUGGAAGGAACGCAAACACGCUGUCGAUUCCGGCAUCAGGGCCCGGCAAAAGAAACGAGAGGAGAACAUUCGCAAGCGCAAGGACGACAAGAAGCUUGGCAAAAUGGGCAAGAAAAAGAGCGGUCCCACCAAGAAGAAGAACCGGCCCGGGUUCGAGGGCCGGUUCGGCGGUGGCGGAAAGAAGUAA